AUGGACCCGGAGAGUAGAAAACUUACGCGCGAGUUUAUGCGAGAUUUAAUUUCUAAAGACGAUCCAGAUGUUGAAAUUACGAGUCUUGAUGAAGAGCCGGGCUCUGGACGUGGUGAUAAUUACACAUCAAUGUUGUACAGAAUGAAAGUUAACGGGCGUAAAAGAUUGAAGUCCGGACAGUGGAUACCCUGGAGCACGGCUAUUAUUUACAAAGUCUUACCGGAGUCCAAAGCGAGGCGCGAUGAGUAUAAGAGUGAACUACUUUUCAAAAAUGAAGUUGUUUUUUAUAAUCUUGUGUGGCCGGCGCUUAACAAAUUGCAAACAGGUAAAAAAGUAUUUGGCGGAGUCGCUAAAACUUAUGUUGCAAGAUCUGAUCUUAUUGCUAUGGAGGACUUGAAGAUAAGAGGAUACGUUAUGGCUGAUAGACGUCAGGGGUUGGAAUUAAGUCGCUUGAAGCUUGUGCUGAAAGCUCUUGCUGGUUUUCAUGCUCUGAGUCUUACACUUCGUGAUCUCAAGCCAGAAGUUUUUCAACAUUUAUCUGAUGAAAAUAAUCCAGACGGUGUUCGUGAAAGUUUGUUCCGGCUGGAGUAUGAAGAGUGGUAUCGGCAUUACUAUAGAGUUGCUGUUAAAAAUGCAAUGACAAUGGUAUCAGAAGCUUUACCGGCUCAGCAUCACCAUGAAAGGAAUAAAGUUUUGGGAAAAUUACAAAAUUUUCUGCACGAAGAUGUCUUUUUUCGUACAAUGUGUGAACUAGCAUCCACCCGAGGACCAUUUACUGUUUUUUGUCACGGUGAUUGUUGGACCAAUAAUUUUUUAUUUUCAAAUUCUGAUACCGAUGCUGAGGCCGUUUAUCUUGUUGAUUUUCAACUACUACGUGUUGGGUCAUUAGCGUUGGAUUUAGUAAAUUUGUUAUAUUGCUGUACAUCUGGAGAAGUAAGAAGAGUUCAUAUGAAUUCAUUAUUGAUUCAUUAUCAUCAACAUUUGAUGGAAGCUUUGAACACAUUGAACCCCCAGCAGUCUCGUGACUCUUCUGUUACUUGGGAGCUAUUAAAUGAAGAGGUACGAAAAUGUGGACGCUUUGGAUUCGGAAUAGCGUUGGAUAUUCUUCCAAUCAGUACAUGCGACAGUGACAACGCGCCUGAUUUGUACGAAGGCGCUGAAGGUAAUGCCGAAGAAAUAAAAAAAUAUUUAUACGACUGA